AUGCCCUCCAAAGGUGUCACGCACAAAGACCGAUCUUCGGAUCCGGAGCUCUCUUCCAACGCGGGAACAUCCUCCGAUGAGUCCGAUUACCUCGACAGUGCCGCUGCCCGCAAACGGCGCCGCACCUCUCCCGAGCUUCAAGUUGAAGUCGAUGAGAGCGAUGACGACGAGGAAGAUGGUGGCAGAAUUCCACAGCUGCCACUGGCCUCUAUAGCCGUGCCAUCUCGAAUCAAACGAAGCGCUGAAAAGAAGGGAGAAGUCAAGCCUGCCAGUAAAGCCGCUGCCAUAUCGCAACCGCAAUCGCAAAAUCCCAUUCUUGCACCGACCGACCCCAAUACCACAUUUUCUGCCCUCAAUGUGCGACCAUGGCUUGUCCAGUCGCUUGGAAACAUGGCUAUCAGACGACCAACUGGUAUUCAGAAAGGCUGCAUACCGGAGAUAUUAAAGGGAAGAGACUGCAUUGGUGGUAGCAGAACGGGAUCGGGUAAAACAGUUGCUUUUGCUGUUCCCGUUCUCCAGAAGUGGGCAGAGGACCCAACCGCCAUCUUUGCCGUCAUUCUCACACCAACCCGCGAGCUUGCUCUUCAGAUCUAUGAGCAGUUCAAGGCAAUUUCAUCGCCGCAGAGCCUCAAGAUGAUUCUUGUGACUGGUGGUGCCGACAUGCGAUCCCAAGCUAUUGCACUGGCUCAACGACCACACGUCAUCAUUGCGACCCCUGGACGUCUGGCAGACCAUAUCAGAACAUCUGGAGAGGACACAAUCUGCGGACUACGAAGAGUACGUUAUGUGGUUCUCGACGAAGCCGAUCGUCUUUUACAUGCCGCUGGCAAGGGAAGCAUGCUGCCCGACGUUGAGGAGUGCUUGUCAGUACUGCCUCCUGCUUCCGAAAGACAGACGCUUCUCUUCACAGCCACUAUCACUCCAGAGGUGCGGGCGCUCAAAGAUCUUCCACAGAGACCUGGAAAGCUGCCCGUCUUCGUCUGUGAGGUGGACACGCAGAUGCUUGCCAUCCCGGCAACUCUAAGUCAGAAACAUGUGCAGAUCCCCAUCACUCACAAGGAGCACUACCUCCACGUCUUCCUUCUCACUGAGGCCAAUGUCAACAAGACGGUCAUCAUCUUUUGCAACCGUACAUCAACGGCAGAGUAUCUUCAUCACCUGUUGAGAUUAUUAGACCACCGCGUCACCUCUUUGCACUCCAAGCUCCCCCAGAGACAGCGAACGGAUAACCUAGCGCGCUUCCGCGCAUCAGCGGCCAGGAUCUUGGUGGCCACGGAUGUGGCGGCCCGUGGUCUCGAUAUCCAAGAAGUUAGCCUGGUAAUCAACUACGAUAUCCCUCGGGACCCAGAUGACUAUAUCCAUCGAGUGGGACGUACCGCCCGUGCGGGCCGCAAAGGUGAGGCCGUGACACUUGUGGGCCAACGAGAUGUGGAAUUGGUCUUGGCCAUUGAAGAGCGAGUGGGCAGGCAGAUGGAGGCUUGGGAAGAGGAGGGCGUCAACCUGGAAACGAGGGUGAUCCGAGACGCCCUCAAAGUGGUCGGCGAGAAGAAGCGGGAGGCGUUGCUGGAGAUGGAGGAGGGCAGGGAAGUUGGCGGCAAGAGGAAAAGGACGAAACAGAAACUUCAGGCAUAG